AAGAAAUCAAAACAAAACACCGCGCGGUUUCGAAUCGAAAACACAAAAAUAAUUCACGUCCGGCACGUGCGCGUUUUCACGGAAAAAUUGACCGCUCUGGGGUGGAAGUUUCCAUAGUUUGUCAUCCUGUGUUGCCACGCGUCGUCGUAAACAAUCGAAUCAGCUGAUUUGUCGCGUGCCGUGUGGUGAACUAAUAGUUAAUUGCUCCGACCGGAAGGAAGAUGUUCUACGUGAUUGGUCUCGGCUUGGGUGAUCCCAAGGAUAUCACCGUCAAGGGGCUGGAGGUCGUCAAGCGGUGUGAACGGGUCUAUCUGGAAUCGUACACGUCGAUUCUGACCUGCGGUCAGGAGAAGCUGGAGGAAUUCUAUGGUCGACCACUGAUCCUGGCUGAUCGCGAAUUGGUCGAACAGGGUGCGGAUGAUAUCCUAGCGAAUGCCGAUUCGGUGGAGAUAGCCUUCCUGGUGGUAGGGGACCCCUUCGGUGCCACCACCCAUACCGAUCUGUUGCUACGAGCCAAAGAGAAGAAAAUCCCGUUCCAGGUGAUACACAACGCUUCCAUAAUGAAUGCCGUGGGAUGUUGCGGAUUGCAACUGUAUCACUUUGGAGAAACAGUGUCCAUACCUUAUUGGACCGAAAACUGGGAACCGGACAGUUUCUACGAUAAAAUAAUCGCCAACAUCGAACACGGCCUGCAUACGCUCUGUCUGUUGGACAUCCGGGUGAAGGAACCGACUCUGGAAUCGCUGUGCAAGAAGAAACGUGAGUACCAACCGCCGCGCUUCAUGACCUGUAGCGAAGCGGCUGAUCAGUUGUUCCGCUUGCUUCACAAGCGCAAGGAAUGCGGUCACGAUUUAAGAAGUCACAUCUUCAACGACCGAACCGUUGUAAUUGGACUGGCUCGAGUCGGUCAUGAAACUCAGCAGAUCAAGGCUUGCUCGUUGAAAGAUAUGCGGAAAACCGAUCUGGGACCCCCACUGCAUUCGCUGAUCAUUCCGGCAGUGGAAAUGCAUCCUCUCGAGACGGAAUAUUUGCAACAGUUCAGCGAGGAAGAUUUGAAGGCGCUUCAGAAGAGAGCUCUCCGGGAGGAACCGACCAACAUAUUCAAGUUGGAGACGACAUUGGACAGCACCUCCACCAGUAACUCCAACAACUAAGUCACGGCAAGGCCAAGUAAGUGACGACACUGCUUUACCACUUUUUUUAAUUUUAAAUAAUUGCAUAAAAUGCUUAUCAAAUCGAUGCCAACAUUUUAUUUGGGUGACACUGCUUUUGUAAGCAUUGACUUCAACCGUCGAUUUCUCGCAAAUAAAAGCUUGCUCCAAACUAACCAUGCCAGUCCUCUACUUGAUGGUGUUGUUAGUUUGCAUAAGUGAGCUUUUAUUCGUGAAUAAUCGACGGCUAAGCCAUUGUUUACAGCAGCAGUUUCGUCCCUUUGAAAUGUUAAUGACAAAAAUAUGCAACAGUCAUCCGAUGAUCAAUUUCCUUCUCAGAAUUCAAAGAAAAGAAAGCCCUAAGUUCAGUCCCUUUUUGACCUUGGACGUUGUGUCCUGUGUCAUAAUUAGAAGCGCGUGUUUCACACUUUGAAUAGCAAAAUUCUUAUCGCACAUUAGCAUUUUCCCAGCUCAACACUGUCUAGCCGGUGCUGUGAAGACCGAAAAU